AUGUCUUUGGAUAGAAUCGAUGCCAUGGAUACAUCAGAGAAACAUAUCGAUACUGCGGUGUCAGAGCAGAGCAAGGCAGGAAUCUUGGUGAAUGACCUUGAGGAUCUCACUAUGUCUCAAAUUAUUGCAAGGCUCCAAGUCUCUAAUGAAGUGCCUCGCGCCGAUAAAUUUGGUUCUCUCAUACCGCGCAGAUUUGCAAAUCCAGCUCCUUUGGGGCUGGGGGCCUUUGCACUUACCUCAUUCGUCUCAAGUGUCAUCAACAUUCGCGCGCACAGCAAUAUAACGCCAGAUGUUGUGGUGGCAUUGGCAUUUUGCUAUGGUGGAUUGGUGCAAUUACUUGCUGGCAUGUGGGAAAUGGCUCUUGGGAACACUUUCAGCGCUACAUCUUUUUCUUCAUAUGGCGCUUUCUGGAUCACAUUUUCCAUCAUUUCACUCCUCGAAAGCUUCCAGACUGUGGAGAACUUGAAUAGCGAUAUUACUCAAUCCCAAACCUCAAUGGGUCUAUUCCUAAUGGCAUGGUUCCUCUUUACGACCAUUUUGCUCUUAUGCACACUCAAGUCGAACGCUGCUUUAUUCUUUCUGUUCUUUUUCUUGGACCUAAACUACCUCCUUCUCGCGAUUGCUCAUCUCAAAACCGACCCCAAUGGCAAUAUUCGAACCCCCCUUCAGAGGGCAGGUGGACUAUUUGGACUUUUAGCAGCGGUAGCCGCUUGGUAUAAUGCCAUGGCUGGCUUGAUGAACACCAGCAAUAGCUUCUUCACCGUCCCUGUUGCCCACUUCCCGUGGUCACGCGCUGGUCAUUUUCACAGGGUGAAGAGUGAUGGAAAAAUGGUCUGA